AUGGCGAGGUUUCUUCCUUCGGGUGGAGGCGUAGGAGGAAAGCUCUCGUCAGGGCAGCAGCACCCCCUCCUGCUGUGGUUGGAUGUCCCUGGGUACGAGCAGAGCGGUCCCCUGCUCUUGCUGUCUAUCGCCGCCUACUAUCUCCUGCUCUUCGCGUGCGGUUGGUUCGUGCUACAGUGGUUCCGGCGUGGCCGCCCGUGGGCCAGGGCCCGUUCGUUCCUGGCCGGGAAGAGCAAGAGCGACCUGGGCGCGGCGGGCGUUGGCGGCAAGAGGGAGCCAGCCCCUCCGCAGCUCCGAUACAAGAAGACCGCUUUCAAUCGGCGCCUGCUGUCGGAGGCUAGCGUCCUGAGACAGCCGUACGUCCCGAGCCCAUGGCUUGGACAUAGGCUCGGUGGCCACAUGCAGAGCUUCAUGUUUGCCACCUGGUGCCCGCCCGGUGACCGGGCGAUGGUGAGCCGUCUGGUUAGCCGACAAGACCGGGUGGAGUCUUCCUUCGACGGCGGCGUGUUUCGCAUGGAUUGGUUUGACCUCCGCGAGACCCCGUUGCCUGCGGACGCCCCAGUCGUCUUUGUCCUCCCCGGGGUCGUGGGCCAAGGCACUAACGUUUACAUCCGGCACCUUGCGGCCCACCUAUCCACCAAGUACGGCUACCGAGUGGUCACCAAGAACUGGAGGGGAAUCGGGUUGGAAUUGUCUACAAGAAGACCGGAGACGUGGGACCACGCCGCCCUUUCGGACUGCAGAGACGCGAUCAAGCACCUGAGACGGACGGUCGGGGAGCACGUCCCCGUCCUAGGUGUUGGGUUCAGCUUCGGCGGCUGCGUGCUGACGGCCAUCGCAGGCACGGCGCCGCAGGAGGAGCACGGGCUGUGCGGGCUGGUGAGCAUCUCCGGGCUCUUCGACAUGCCGGCCAUGAUGAAGCACAUCGCCGAGCAGUACGCCUACCCGUACGGCUUCGCCAACACGAAGGUAACUGUGAAGAACUACCGCAAGUUCAAGGUGUUGGAAACCCUGACUGCGGAGGCUGAUGUUUCCGUUCCCGGCGGUCGAAGCAGCGGCCCGAUCCGCAACAGCAGCUUCUGCUCUAGUGACGACGAGGGGAUGGGCGUCGGGCCGUCGUCCUCGUCGGCAACGGCAGAGGAGCCCUUGCGGCCGUCGACAGGGCCGAUGCGAACGAGAAAGAAGUUGCGCCCGGCGUCGGCGGCGUCGGCGGCGGCGGCGGCGGGGGGGGCUGCGGCAACGGUGGCAGCGGGUUCUUGCGCCGCGAGCCAAGCUCCGUCCAGCGCCUCCGCCAUAGCGUCGCCGGCCGCACGCCCCUCCCUCUCAGCUGCCGGCGGAGCUAGUGGAGGGCUCGUCGAUGGAGAGACGACGCAAGGCACGGCGACGGCAGAGGCAGUCGCUUCGCGGCGCGGAGACGAGGUGUUCCACACGGCUUCGUUGCUUGACUCCGGCCAUGGGAAGGGAAGGGAGGUAGGUAUGCCGGCGGGGGCGGGGCCGGGGGCAGGUGCUACGUCGGGGUUGGUGACGGCGAAGGAAAUGGCGGCGAUGAAGGACCCGAGCGCUUUUCACGAGGCGCUGACGCUACCGUUCACGGGGGACUCGAGCGUGGACGCGUACUUUCAACGAAUCGGGCGGGUUAUGGGCCAGGGUGUGUCUUCGGUGACCGUGCCGACGCUGUGCCUCCUCGCGAAAGACGACCCGCUCUGCCCCCCGCACGCCUGGGUGGGUGCGCUCGAAGCGGCCGCUAAGAGCGACGGCAUCGUGGUCGCCAUCACGGAGCACGGGGGCCACUGCGGCUGGUUCGAUGGGCUCGGUGCUGGCUCCUGGCUGGAUCGGGCCACGGGAAACUUCCUGUCGUCCGCGUUGGAGCUGUCGAAAGAGUCGACGGCCGCAGGCGCUACCGCUGACCGUGGCGCCAGUCCAACAGCAGAGGCCUCUACAAGUACGCGAAUCUUGGCAGCCGCCGAGAGCCGAUAACCGUACGUAUGCACCACCGCUUAGAUGAUAUGAGUCCUACCAGUCACUCUCCCGCUGCUUGUCAGGCGUGCACGCGCGGCGGUGCGUGCUGUUAGGCAGCAGCAAUCAUCGAUAUGUUGGGACUUUUGCCGGUUUGCUUCGGGCACCGGUGAGCCGUCGCUGUACUGUGAACAACACCCGCUGCAAUAAUUUUCGGCUCUGGAAGUGUUUCGGUGGCGUACCCCCCUCUGGGACUUGUUGCCGACGAAACGCCCCCCCCUCCGAGGUCUAGACUCGUGAGCUCCAGGCUGUUUUGCGGGUUUGUUAAUGA